AUGGGAGACGACGUAACACGGCCAAAAGAAUUCACGCCUUCGUCAAUUCAAUGUCCUAUACUAAACGCCACAAAUUAUACGGUAUGGGCCAUGAGAAUGAAGGUGUUGAUGAAGAUAUAUAAAGUUUGGGACACAAUCGAACCUGGAACGGCAGAUGCAGAUAAAAACAAUAUCGCCAUUGGAUUAUUGUUUCAAGCAAUCCCGAGUCUCUUGUCUUACAAGUCGGUGAGAGAGACCUCAAAGGAGAUAUGGGAUACAAUUAAAUCUCGUCAUCUAGGUGCUGAUCGUGUCAAGGAAGCAAGGCUCCAAACCCUAAUAUCAGAGUUUGAGAGAGUUAAGAUGAACGACACGGAUACAAUAGAUAACUUUGCGGGAAAGUUAUCCGAGAUUGCAUCUAAAUCAGCCUCACUUGGACAAACGAUUGAGAAAACCAAACUUGUGAAGAAAUUUCUCAAUGGUCUACCAAGAAGCAAGUACAUUCAUAUCAUAGCAGCCCUCGAACAGAUUCUAGAUUUAAAAUCUACGGAAUUUGAAGAUAUUGUUGGAAGACUAAAGGCCUAUGAAGAACGUAUUGUUGAUGAGGAGAACCAUGGAGAAACGCAAAACAAACUGUUAUACUCAAACUCCGAAGAUCACAGUUCUACGUCGUCACGAGGAAGAGGACGUGGAAGAGGAGGAAGAGGAAACAAGGGACGAGGCAGAGGAAGGACCAACACACAAGAACGAGAAACAAAUCACAGUGAUCAAAGCCGAGGGAAAGAAAAGAAGGAUAGAUCAAAAAUAAUUUGUUAUCGUUGUGACAAGUCAUUGCCGCCUCCAGUAUGUCGGGAGAGGACACAAAGGACGCAAGAAGCAAAUAAAGUGGAGACAGAAGAAGCUGAGAUAGCACUUUAUAUGCAUGAAAUUGUGUUUUUGAAUGAAGAGAGAAUAAUACCAACGAACUACGAUACCAACAAGAAGGAAGAAGGAGUUUGGUAUCUUGAUAAUGAAGCUAGUAACCACAUGACUGGUAACAAGACGUUCUUUUCGGAGCUCAACGAGAACAUAAAGGGCAAGGUAAAGUUCGGAGAUGGAUCGUGCGUUGAAAUAGGAGGGAAGGGAUCAAUCCUGUUUCAAAGCAAAACCGAUGAGCAAAAACUUGUUACAGACAUCUAUUACAUUCCCGCACUCAAGAGCAACAUCCUAAGUUUAGGACAAGCUACGGAAGUCGGGUGUGAUGUAAGGAUGAAAGAAGAUUACUUAACGCUUCAUGAUUCAAGAGGGAGACUGGUAAAAGUUAAAAGAGCACCAAAUCGUCUCUACAAGACAAGUCUGAAGAUCGGAGAACCAAUAUGCUUACACACGAGAAUAGGAGAUGAUACAUGGAGGUGGCAUGCAAGGUUAGGACAUAUAAGCUUUAAAACAAUCAAUGCUAUGUCCAAACAAGAGAUGGUUCAUGGCCUGCCGAAAAUUAGAGAAGAAAAAAGGCUGUGCGAGUCGUGUUUGGUUGGAAAAUAAAGUCGUCAACCAUUUCCCAAGACAACCAUGUUCCGAGCAUCUGAACCUUUAGAACUACUCCACGCAGACUUGUGCGGACCUAUAACACCACCAACCAGUGCGCAUAACAAAUACAUAUUUGUUAUCAUAGAUGAUUUUUCAAGAUACAUGUGGACUAUCUUGAUGAAAGAGAAGAGUGAAGCAUUUGGUAGGUUCAAGGCGUUUAAAGGUUUAGUAGAGAAAGAUCUUGGUAAAUCAAUCAUAACUCUUAGAACUGAUAGAGGA